AAUAUCACAUGCAAUAUAAUAUACUCUUUACUCCGUAUACAAAUCGGUAUAUAUAUAGAUCCCUCGCAUAUAAGAUCGUGUAUAGAGUAGAGAGGGAUUAGGGAUAGAUAAGAUAUUGGAAUGAUGAUCACGUGAAGCUGUAUGCAUGUGAAGCUAUCAAACAAACUCUGUUAAUCAGCACUGCCCUCUUUCAUUUCAUCAGUUGGUCGUCCAUCCCAUUUCCCAACCAAUAAUGGAUGGUUUCCCUCACAGAUUUAUCUCUUCUCCUCUGUAGGCCCACCGGAACCAAUAAUGAAGAAACAGGGCUGUGAAGUCGAAGCACUAGGCAUAAACUACACUAUCCCCACUGCCUCACACCCACGCCGGAGCUCCACUCAACCCCGCCGCUGCGCCGGAGUUCGCGUCGUGUUGAAGGAUGUUAGCUGCCGGGCCAAGCCGUGGGAAAUCCUCGCCAUCGUCGGCCCCAGCGGAGCCGGCAAGUCAUCUCUGCUGGAGAUACUCGCCGGGAAAAUCCGACCCCAGACCGCUUCCAUUUUCCUGAACCGGAAGCCGGUCGACAGGGCGAGGUUCAAGAAGCUGUCGGGGUACGUGACGCAAAAGGACACCCUGUUUCCUCUGUUGACCGUCGAGGAGACGUUGACUUUCAUCGGCAGGCUCCGGCUGGGCCUCCCCGGACGGGAGCUGAGGUCGAGGGUGAAGCUGCUGAUUGAAGAACUCGGCUUGAGCCACGUCGCCGGAGCUCGGGUCGGCGACGCGGAGAGAAUCCGGGGGAUCUCCGGCGGAGAACGGCGGCGCGUUUCCAUUGGCGUGGAGGUUAUCCACGACCCCAGAGUUCUGAUCCUAGACGAGCCCACCUCCGGGCUGGACAGCACUUCGGCGCUGCAAAUCAUCGACAUGCUGAAGCUGAUGGCGGAGACCCGGGGCAGAACCGUAAUUCUGAGCAUCCACCAGCCCGGUUUCAGAAUCAUGAAGCUCUUCAACUCAAUCCUCCUGCUGGCCAACGGAACUGUCCUCCACCAUGGAACCGUCGACCAGCUUACGAUGAGGCUGCGCCUCAUGGGAUUGCACCCGCCUCCCCACGUCAACGCCCUCGAGUUCGCCAUUGAAUCCAUUGACGCAAUCAUUCAAGAAGAUAAAGAAGAAGAAAAAGGAACCCAAAACAGUAGUUGUAAAACAGAGCUGAAAACAACCCAGACCCUUCAAGAGCUCUUUCAUCAAUCCAAGGUGGUUGAUGACGAGGAAUCCGCCGCCAUCACUGAUGAUGAUGAUGAAGAGUUCAUUUAUAUUUCUGGGUUUGCGAAUUCCAGGACGAGGGAGACGAUGAUUCUGACUCAGAGGUUCUGGAAAAACAUAUACAGAACAAAAGAGCUUUUCGCAUUCAGGAGUGUUCAAAUGCUGAUUUCAGGCGCAGUAUUGGGAUCAAUCUUCUACAAGCUGGAAGAUGACUUGCUGGGGGCAGAAGAAAGGGUGGGAUUAUUUGCAUUCAUAUUGACAUUCCUGCUAUCAAGCACAACAGAAGCUCUUCCAAUAUUUUUACAGGAAAGGGAGAUAUUGAUGAAAGAGACAUCUAGUGGGAGUUACAGAGUCUCUUCUUAUUCCAUAGCCAAUGCCUUAGCCUACCUCCCAUUUCUCCUCAUCCUCUCACUUCUCUUCUCGCUCCCGCUGUACUGGCUCGUUGGAUUAAACCAAUCUGGGUUCACCCCUUACCUCAAUUUCCUCUCGCUGAUAUGGCUGAUUCUCUACACUGCAAACUCAGUGGUGGUGUGUUUCAGCGCUUUGGUCCCCAACUUCAUCAUCGGGAACUCGGUUGUGUCGGCCGUGAUGGGCUCUUUCUUCCUGUUCUCGGGUUACUUCGUGUCGAAGAACGAGAUACCGAAGUACUGGAUUUUCAUGCAUUACAUAUCUCUGUUUAAGUAUCCGUUUGAUGGGUUCUUGAUAAACGAGUUCUCCCGGCCGGAGAAGUGUCUGCAGGCGGUGUUCGGGAAAUGUGUGGUUAGUGGGGAGAAGCUGAUGAAGGAGGAAGGGUAUGGAGAUGAGAGGAGAUGGAGGAAUGUGCUCAUCAUGCUCUCCUUCAUCUUUCUUUACAGAUUCAUUUCCUAUGUUAUUCUCCGGUUUAGGUGUUCCCAGGGAGGAGGGAUAAUCAGGUGGAUUUUUCUUCCCAAGAUGAUCAUGCCGGCGCAGCCAAGGUGAUCAGGAAAUCUAUAUACAAAGUAUUUAUCAUAUCCCAAAUCCUAUUUAGACCCAAUCAAGAACGGGUUUUUCUGUUAUCUGUUUUUGGAACCGUUACAAAAGUUUUAACUAAUGAAAUCGGUUCGGUUCUUGUGUAAAAAAUCAAGAACCGUUAUGGAACCGAACCAAUACUAAACGGUUCGGUACUCAUUUUUAUCGAUUUCUCGAAUAAUUUUUUUCCUCAUCUAAUAAAUGAGCACAUUAUUUGCUUUCUAC